CUAAGUUUUAUGUACAUUUGUUGUGGCUGUUUAUUGUCCGGUGUGUUUGGACUGCGGGACUUGCCGUAGAAUGUACCACUGACGUAAUCACUGCUCCUUCCGGUCCCAUUUGAAGCAAACAUUUAGCCAGCUAGCUUGCGGCUAGUAACACACCAGUCCUAGACAAACACAACGAUUUACAUUGUAAAAUUUAGGGAUAGGUGUCUUCACACAACACACGUUUCAUCCCUGAAAUACUACUACGCAAAUGGUUGGACCCGCAUGUCCUUUGCGGCUACACCAGACGCGUUGAGCAGUGGCUAACUAGCUUGUAAACAGACGCCAUCACCACCACCAUCUUCGAGUUAUUGCCGUUAAUCGGUUGACAGCGGGCUUGGAAAUGAAUUGUCGAUCCGAGCUUCUUGAAGUUACGGUGGAGGCAAGACAGGUUGAGGAAGCAAUGUUGUCUUUGCUGCACACAAUUUUGCUGCACCGCAGCACUGGGAAAUUCCACUACAAAAAGGAAGGCACCUACUCGAUUGGCACCGUGGGCACCCUGGACAUCGACUGCGACUUCAUCGACUUCACUUUUGUCAGAGUGUCCUCAGAAGAACUCGACAGGGUGAUCAGAAAGGCUGUGUCUGAAUUCAAGGACGCUUUGAGCAACUCUGGCAGCGAUGGCAUCGGUCAAAUUUCUCUGGAAUUCUACCAGAAGAAGAAGUCCCGCUGGCCUUUUUCAGACGAGUGCAUUCCCUGGGAAGUGUGGAGCAUCAAAGUCAACGUCGUCAACCUAGCGAACGAGCAGGAAAGGCAGAUCUGCCGGGAGAAAGUGGGUGAGAAACUGGGCGAAAAGGUGAUCAAUGUUGUCGAAGUUAUAAAUCGCCACGAGUACCUGCCGAAGAUGCCCACCCAGUCUGAAGUGGACAACGUGUUUGACACAAGCCUGAGAGAUGUGCAGCCUUACCUGUACAAAAUUACAUACCAGAUCACUGACUGUCUGGGCACGUCUGUGAGCACCACCAUGAGGAGACUGAUAAAGGACACCCUGGCACUGUGAAGUUAACCUGCUACGCCAGAUGCUUUCAUACUACGCUGUCUUGUCACCUACAUUAUGGCCAAUCUUGUCAGCAAUACUGAUUGAUGAGUAGAUGGUGUCUCUUGCUUAAACCACUGGAGUGAAAACAUUUUGCUUCGUGAUAAAACUGCUGCUGCUAUUUACAAAUGUUAGAAUAGGCAUUCCCUUAUGGAACAGUGACACAGCCACAGCUUUUGCCUAGCUCCCCUCAAAGGACGCUCAUCUUUCCAGCAGAUAGUCUGGACUUUUUUUUUUUU